AUGAACAUAUUUGAUAGUUCGGGAAGUGACAAACAAGAGAACACUUCACCUCCUCCACCUCCGCUGACUCCUGUCAUUAAUGACGUGCUAUCACCGAGUGGUGAAGUCAAUUAUAAUGCUUUACCAAGUUUGGCUUCAUUAUUGUCAAUUCCAUCAUCAAAUGCUUCAUCUAUGGCUAGUCCAAUAACACCAAGAAAAACCAGACGUAAAAGGAAACUACCAACACGAGCUAUGCCAAUUGUCCGAGCAAAAACUACCAAGAAAGCACUAAUUGUGAGCUACAAAUGGAAAAAAGCACAAUUCAAGCAUAAGGCUGACAUUCAAUCAAAUGACUUCGUCUUUGAUCUACCGAAUACUGACUCUCCGUUGGACUUUUUUUAUCGGUUCAUGUCUCCAGAUAUACUCAUCGAUAUUGUUGACAACUCGAACUUGUACUCAACCCAUAGAACUGGAAAAUGUAUGCAAUUGACCAUCGAGCAGUUGAAAGAUUUUCUUGCAAUACUUCUUAUCAUGGGUAUAGUGAAAAUGCCUUCUUAUCUAGACUAUUGGUCUACAGAAUUCAGAUAUGCCCAAGUAGCCGACAUCAUGCCAUUAAAACGAUUCGAGCAGAUCAGACGCAACAUUCAUUUUGUGGACAACACCUAUCCGGAUGAGGACCGAUAUUAUAAGAUACGUCCGUUCAUUGAAAAAAUAAGAAGGAACUGCCUUUCCACAGAAGAAGAAAUGAAGUACAGUAUAGAUGAAAUGACCAUACCAUACAAGGGCACUAAAGCAGGAAACCGGAGACAGUACAACCCUAUGAAACCCAAUAAAUGGGGAUUCAAGAACUUAGUACGCGCUGGUGCAUCUGGAAUUGUCUAUGAUUUUUUAUUGUACGGUGGCGAUGACACUUUCCGGUACAUCGAUUUUAGCGAGGAGGAACAGCAAAUGACACUGGGUGCUAAAAUGGUAUUAGCCCUUUGUAAAACAAUUGAGACUCCAGGAUGUGCUGUUUAUUUCGAUAAUUAUUUCACGACGCUCGACUUGAUCUGGUAUCUACGUGAACGCCGAGGAAUAUUCAGUCUCGGAACCAUACGACAAAAUAGACUGAAAGGUUGCACCAAUGGCCUGUUAAGUGACAAGGAACUAAAGAAAAGAGGCAGAGGUUCGUUUAGCCAAGUCGUAGACAACGACAAAAAGAUAGCAAUUGUCAAAUGGUACGAUAAUAAAGUUGUGACAUUGGCUUGUUCUUAUGCAGAUUCUUACCCAGUUCAUGAAAUCAAGAGAUGGAGUAAAGAACAGAAAAAGAAAGUGGGUGUCCCAUGUCCACAAUUAGUUCGAUAUUAUAAUCAACAUAUGGGAGUAGUCGACCUGUGCGACAUGUUGAUAGCUCUCUAUAGAAUAUCUUUCAAAAGCCGACGCUGGUACAUGAACAUUUUUGGCCAAAUGUUAGAUAUAGCAGUUAACAAUGCUUGGCUUCUCUAUAAGAGGAAAUGCAACAAAAAGAGCCUAAAAAACAUUAGUCUGAAAAAGUUCAGACAAAGAUUGGCGGUUGAAUUGACGCAAAAAGGAAGGUCAGUUCAAAUAGAAGCACCAAGUCAGUUAUCGAAAAAGGUGCUAAUCCAAAACCCUAGCAAACCGAGGCCCCCAGAUUCUGUACGUUAUGAUGGCUAUAGCCACUGGCCUGAAUAUACAACGUAUGGACGUU